CCGGCGUGACUCGUACUGGUACUUAAGUCAUAUCAAUUGUUUAACUUUUGUGUGUAAGUUUUUGGUUUCAAUCGUGUUGAACUCGUUAUUUAUCUCGGUUGCAAGUUUGUGUGGAUAAUCGUUCUACUUUUGCAGGUGUUAAAAACGAGGUUUUUUAACAUGUCAUAUGCGGUGGUAACAUUCACCAACGAAGGAUUGGGAGUUACAUCCACGUCGGAAGUCCCCACUAAUUGGCUGCUUAAUGACAACAAACAAUGUUGGUGGCCUUCGCUGAGCAAAAACAUUAGCUCCUUAAUUGCUAAAAGAGCCCAACCAACUGAUGUAUGGAGUAAAGAAGAUGUAGUGGUUGAAACACUUGGGCUAUCACUUGAGACGGCUCGAAAAAAAGCAGAAGAUCUAGAUUACACAUCCUCAGAAGAGGCCAACACUGGCAGAGGUAAAAGGAAAAUAACUCCGAAGCAAUUUGAAAUUAGUUCUUCGGACAACGAAGUUAUUUCUAAAGGCGCAAAAAGAAAUGCAGCGAUACCUCCGCCUCCUUCUUUCCCUAAGGAUUUUCAAGAGAGUUCUUGCAAUAGUAUAUCUUUGUCUGACCCAAAUUCAGCUGUAUUUACUGCAGUAGCUGAGGUUAAUAUUCCUACAGGAAUGACGGCAGACAAACCUGAUAACAUAAAUCUACCCGGAGUGCCAGAUCAAAUGCUCCAAAUAGUGCCAUUAAGCCAAUUUGAUAUAGAAAACACUCCAGUCGUAAUAGCAGAUAACACUACACUGUCUAGUACUGUCGACACGAGAGCUGACAAAAUAGUCUUGGAAAGCAUUAUUAAAGAGCAUUGCCAAAAAAUUGAGAGAAUGUUUGGUUCGAUCAAUUUAAAUUUAAAAAACAUUAACUCCAGACUGGAAAAAUUAGAAAAAAAUGCUCCCGCCUUGAAUGAAGAAGAAGAAGAUACGGUUAUUCAAGACAAUUUGCCAUUAAGGACAAUUGAGGAAAUCAACUCUUUUGAAAAUUUAGUAAAGACCAACAGAGAAGCAGCAAUUUUAUUUAGGAAAUAUAUUUCAAACACUGGUGGGAAUUGCCCAAAGGACAAUGUUGUGCGACUAUUACGGAAAAUAUUCACAAAUGAAUGCGCAAUGAAGUGUUCGUGGAUGGGGCAUCGGAAUAAUUUUGGAGUUUCCAAAUUAACCAUCAUGAGCAUUGUAAAUGCUGUUGUUCUAUCAGCAUUUCCGCAACUGAAAGAACAAGAGUUUGAAACGUUUUGCGGAGAAUGGCUUCGUUUCGCCAAACAAAGAUUCACCAGAGAAACCAAAGGCGCAGCAGCGAGAAAUAAUUAAGAUAUGGUCGUUUUAUAGAAUUUUAUUUUUAAAUAGCGGAUUAAUGGUUAUACAGGGUGGCCGGGUGGCCCAUUAGUACGUGGGUGGAAGAUUAUGGGUUUAUUUACGCACAUAUUUCAUUGUCGGGGCAUGUUGAAGGACUCUUAAGGCUACAACGUAAAAAUAUUUUUAACAAAAUUGCAACUGUUAGGUAUACAGGGUGAUUUAUAUCACAAUUGCAUUUUUUUAAAAUAGAACCCAUACCUAUUAUUACAAAAUUUCAAUUCGUUGGUCAAUUUUAGUGUGACUUUAUGUAUCACACAGGAUAUCUAAAAUCAGUUAUUGUUUAACCGCAAUUCGUGAUUUUUUCAAAAAGAACUACCCUUUUUUUUUAUUGCAUAAAGAGUAGAAUUUGAUUACUUUUCUAAUGAUAUAAGCAUGUUGGUAUUUAUCUUUUACAUGUUUUAUUGUAAUAUUAAGUGCAUUUCAAGAUAAUGGUUUUUUUUAUUUAGACGUUUUAUUUUGGUUUUUGAGUUUUUAUUUUGUUUUGUUUGGGGUAAAUGUUUUUAUAAUUUGAAUUGGUGUUUAUAAUUUUUAACGGCCUAUUAAUUACCGAGAGGCUUUGCAAAUGGAAAAGCACUGUGGAUUAUUAGAAACUGAUGAAUUACAAGACAUAUGUAAAAGGCUGAAUACCGACAUGCUCAUACUGUUAGAAAAGUACUCAAAUCCUACACCUUAUGCAAUAAAACAAACUUGGUAGUUCCGUUUGAAAAAACCAAGUUACCUUUGACUCAAAUUUUGAAAAUUGGCUGAGCGAUUCCUGUUAACACACAAAAAAGUUUAACUUCGACCGUUCGCCGUUGGUUAGUACAUUUGCAACUUUGAUAUAACUCACCCUGUAUAACAAUUGCAAUUUUGUUGAAAAUAUUUUUAGUUUGUAGCCGUAAAAGUCCAUCAUCAUGCUCCAACAAUGAAUUUCAAAUGUGUCCUUUAAGAAACCCACAAUCCUCCAACCACGCACUAAUGGGCCAUACUGUAUAGCUUAUACUUAGAAUUUAGGAACAUUUUUUUAAUUAGAUAAUAUAAACAUGUAUUCAAAUUGUACUUAUCUUUCGAUUUUGGUUUGUUUAUUUUGAAAUAAAUACCGUUUACUGCAAAAGUUUUUAUUAAUACAAUUUUUUACAGAUUAUUUGAGUAGUGGAAAAUAUGGGUUACCCUGUAUAGCAAAU